CUAACCUUACUUUUUGAGCAUAUUUUUAAAAAAGUGCCGUGUCUUGUGUUUUAACUUAAAAUUUGUGUAGUGGUUUGUUUGAUGUGACUUUUAAUAUCAGCAUUUUUGUUUCUUGGAAAUGGCUUCGGUGUCUGAUCUUAAAUUUAUUUCGGAAUACCACCUGUGCCCCCCAGAUUCCGACCUAAAUAUUCUUUUAGAGCAAGUGGAUCAAUGCAACAGCGAUCCUAAUUACAAGGAGUUAAUUGAUAAAGUUUUGUCUAGAUGCGCGAAAGAGUACAAUACCUCGAACGGCCCCUACAUCAGAAACGUCGUUAUAGAAUAUUUUAAUCGCUCUGGCUGUCGCAAGAAUCUAAGAAAAUACAUGUAUGAAAGAUUAAAUUCACAAAUCGUAGGCGAGAAUACCUUGUUUGAAUAUGUCGUGAAAAGCGUGAUAAGUGAGAUCCAAGAGAACAUAAACAAUUUAAACAUUUUUACAAUAAGGCUGUGUUAUAAAACUUUAGUUUUUUUGGGGAAUUUCACGUGCAAUUUCACCAGUGGUGAGAAGCAUUCUUACGUAUUGGAUAACGUGUUCCCGUUUUAUUUGUGCAUCAUGGAAGUGUAUAAUAGUCAAUUAUUUAACAAUAAUUUCUGUCGAGACGGUUCUACAGAAAAAAGUAUUUUAGAAUACGAAGAUUGUUACGGUAUCUUAAAUAUCACUCUCCAACAACUGUCCUCAUCUAUGUCAAAAGCGAAAUUUAAAGCUUUAAAUAUUAUUGCUGCGAAAAUGGUCAUAAUGACCCACGAAAUCUUACAAUUCCAUAGUCAAUUAAAGUUUGAUAGCAUAUCUAAAUGUGCUCUUUUAUUAGCACAUUGUUGCACUUGUUUACCUGAGGAAGAAAUCGAGCUUUUGAAAUACAAAGAACAACCAUUGGUGGAUUUUCUGGAUAACCCGGACAACGAUUAUUGCAUGGUUUUGAAAAGCAAGACUCUCACUAACAUAUUCACUACACCCCCAAUGAAAGUUGUUUUAAACCUAGUUGUGUAUAUCACACUCGGAGAAACAAGAUAUUUUAGUGUAAAAGUCGCAGGAAUGACGCUUCUGGAAUUCGUAUUUCGCAAUUUUCUGGAUCUGGGAGUGGAGAUGUCAAGUCAUCAAGACGAGAUUGUACCUAUUAGUAGAGCUUUAAGUGGGUUGGGUAAAUUCAUCUAUCAGCUGGAAAGAUUUCCUGAAUUGUUUGAUAUGGCUUUAAAUUUUGUUUGGGAUCAUUUAGACCAUUUUAUGGAAAUCGUAGUUACCAGUAUGAAGAAUCUUUUGAUGACUUUAACUAAGGAGUCAUUAAUUCGGCUCCAAAAAGGGGAGGACCACUACCUGGCACAGAUCUACGCGGGCCUAAACUGCCUGCCGGUUUUCAGCAGACUCCGCGUCACCGCAUUACUCUGUGUCAGUCAGAUCCUCAACAGCGAGCUCAUUGUUGCCAACUGUCCACAUGUUCAAAGCCACCUACUGACUCUUUGUACAACCUCUGCCACCGAGCGAGAAACGGCUGGCCAAGCUUACAUCAACAUGUUGAGAAGCAGCUUCCAAAAUCAGUCAGAAGACGACGUCAUACGAAUGUGGCUCCGACCCGGUCUGAACGCCCUCAGACAACCAAACUGCAAAUACACGAACGUCCUUUCAUCAAUCGUAGCCAACGCCUUCGACUUAAAACCGACAAUCCUUCGGAAAUUGUUUUCGCCGAAAACCGCCGGCACCGGAAACGAGUGCGUCAUUCUUUUGAGGUGUAUACAUAACGCGAGGAUGAAGGGGAUUUCGAUACCGAUGGACCCGGAGGUCAACCAGAGUCAUUAUUGGAGGAACUACAUCGUGAAGGCCAAACUGGAGUUGUACAUGAUACACCAGCGAGAGGAUGUGCGCGCCGCCGCCCUCCAAGUCGUGGCCGAGUGCCACAAAACCACCGAAGAGUUCACCGAGUGGGAGCUCCAGUUCAUCAUCCAGUACUUCGAGUGCAACGUCGGUUUACUAACCCCCUCAACUCGAAAUCGUGUCGCCAACUACUUUAAGAAAAUCCUCACCCGCUUCAGCGUCACCGACCAAAACGUGCACAAACGUCAAACCAGGUUGAAAGCCAUCCUGAAAAGGCCUCCUGUGACCGAGGAGGAAACCGCCGCCCACGAAGAAGCCAGAGCCCAGUGGGAGGAAUGUAAAACCGUCGUCGAAUCCUACAGAUAUUUCUUCAAACACUUACUGCGACUACUCACGUUCUACCUCAGCCCCGACGCCAACGCCACCCGAAGAGCCACCUGCUUGGAGCUCCUCAUGUUCGUGCGGGGGUUCGCCGGUCGAGAUCUGUGGCAAAACGCGUUCCAGCAAGACGAAAUUCGCAACUUGAAGCACUUGCUGAACGACGGGUAUGAGAGUAACAAGGCGAUGGCGGUGGCGCUGCUGCGGACGCUGCCUGCGGCGGCUAUAGGUUUCGACAACGAAGAGAACACCCGCAGGUUCUUUGACAAGUGCUUGGAUAUGGCGUGCGAUAUUCGCCCCAGUCAAAGUGUUUCGGCCAGUUACAUGUUUCAAGUCAUUCUUCAAUCAGAAUUUCCUUUCAGGACUCACGACCGCAGCACUAUGGAACUGACUAAUAAAAGUCAGUGCUUGAUGCUGAUCGACAUGACGGAGAAACUCGAGAGCAUGUUCGCCUCGAGUAAGCAAAACGUCGUCGAGGCGGCGAAGUCGACGCCGUUUUACGGUUUGUUGUUGAGUUGUAGGAAUUUGUUGCAGAACAGGGACAUCCGAGAGGAUAACCACGUGUACUCUUUCAUUUUUCAUAAGUUGGCCGACCUGUGCCUAACGAUGAAGAACCACAUAAUGCCGGUGGUUUGUAACACGUCACCAGAAGGACAUAUUCCGGAUGGGAGUGACGACAGCGACGAUAGUUUUUUAGAGUCGGAUCAGUCGCCAAGGGCGCAAAGGAUUUUGGUUUAUUCGUGGAAAACUAUGAAAGAGAUCAUGGCAUUGUUGGCCGAACUUGCCAAUCAAACUAUUACUUUAGAAAACGUCCUUGAAAUGUUAGAGGAAGAGUAUUUGAUAGGAAUAGGAGAAUUUUUUAUGGAAAUUUUUAUCACGACGAAACAUAGGGGCGUGUUUGAGCAGGCACACAACGCGUUUACAUCGCUUUGUAGGAGUUUUAUUCAUUCUAAAAGUGAAAAAUUAAAUAACAUGACUGUUACAUGGAUGAAUGAAGGUAUAGCUCUCUCUACGGGACAAAAAGUAGAUACGAGACUGUGUCCAACCCGACGGAGCGCUGGUUUACCAUUCCUAAUCCUGAGCAUCAUCCCCACCCUCGCCGACACCAACCCCGACUACGUCCGCCGCACCAUCGGCCCGCUCCUCAUGGCCGCGCAGGUCCAAACCGAAGAGCACCGCAUCCACAGCCUCAACGUCCUCCGCUUCAUCUUCAAAAACUCCAAACUAAGCGAGCGGGUCAACAUCUACGUGGCCCGCGGCGCCAUCGCCGCCCUCGAAGGCUUCCGCAGCAAAGCCUGGGGCAUCCGCAACUCGGCCACCCUCCUCCUCUCGGCCUUGAUCACCAGGAUGUUCGGAGUGCCCAAUCGAACCGUGGCCGACUCGGAACAGGAGGAAAAUCGCAUGACCUUGGCCAUGUUCUACUUGCGCUUUAAACAAUUGUUCGAUUUUUUGCUGAAGACACUAGAGGAGGAGUGCGAGAAGACUGAUAGCUUGAUUCUGCAUCCAGUGCUGCUGAUUUUGUCUAGGUUGUAUCCGUCGCACAACGAGGCCAUAAAUGAGAAGGUGAAGGAGCACGUGCCGUAUAUAAAUGUGUGUAUUAGGAAUCCGGUGUAUAGAACGAGGGAUUUGGCAGCGAGGGCGUCGGUGUCGCUUAUUUCAGAGCAUUGCUUACCGGCACAGCUGAACAAGAAUUUUGAUAGGAUUGCAGAGAGAACUAUUAAGGAUACAGAGUGUCAUGGGUUGCUGCUUCAAAUUUUACAUAUUUUUCAUACUACGACGCUGACACGAUUACCUAUUUCGGACUACUUGACGAAAAGUAUGUUUUUGUUGGGGGAAGUUGGUAAGAAGUACAGCCACUUGACGGUCACCCUGUACAUGGAUAUUGUUUUUAUGAUGUUGUCAAAUCCUAAUGAGCAGCCGUCUUCCAGAUACCGAGACUACACCGACUUGGACGUAUUGAAACAGGUCGUCGGGUAUUUAGCUCUAGAAAGCAACGAAGGCACCGAAGACGACGUGCUAUCGACCUGUAGAACGUCGUUCGCUUACAGCCGCUUCCAGCUCAUCCUAUUCAUCCUCUUAACUAAAUUCCAACACGUAGGGGCGACGUACGCCAUCAUCACUCGGAUCAUCCUCCGAUCGCUCUACGGCAGAGACAUCGACAUGAAAAAAAAGUGUCUCUACUUGUUCAUCUACCUCAACCAAGAGUUCAGCGAGGACGAGUACAAAGAACACCCUUUAAUCACGAGCGGGGACGUGGAAAUCUCCCCUCAAAUCAAAAGUCUAGUCCAUUCGUUCGACUUCAAGAGCAAGAAAGAACUAUUAAGUUUCACUCAUCCAUACUUAAUAUCGUUCUUCUACGCCGAGUUGAAAGCGCAACUGAAAGAGGAGAACGACUACUUUAUCUUGGUGUUCCUUUUGUUGAGGUUCUACCCGUGUUUCUUCGAUAGUUUGCGCACGGAGAGGAAACAGAACGUUCUCGAUUGGUUCCUCACGAUGACGAAAGUUUACAACGAGGAAGUCACGGCGGGAGUGAUUUGUUGUCUGAAGACUUUCAUCAUGACGUUGGAGUACGAAGAAAUGAAGCACUUGAGGUACUCGGAUCUGAUCAGGUUGCUGAUGGAGUCGGCGAGUCCGAGCGCAGCCGAUUUCAGACGACUCGCGGUUGCGCACUUCCUUAUCGGUACUCAGGUUUUAUUCAAAAACAAAAUCUUCACAGAAUAUGAUAGGUACAACGUGCUGAAUAUCAUUAUGGUGUUGUUAGAGGACGACGAAGUCCUCAUUAGGGAAACGAUUAGCGUGUUUCCGACGAAACGAAACCGAGUUCAAACGACACCGACUCUGUGGUACGUUAUUCCGAAUAGAGCUAGGUACACUCUUCUUCUAACCAGUUGUUCUGAUUUUAAAAACGACGUUGCUAUUUGUUGUUUGACGUCGUGGGCCCUCAGACGACUCCCGGAGGUGACUAAAGACACGUCAGAGGUGUACGAACGCGGCGAGAUGAACACCUUCGCCGAAAAUAUUCCAGUCACACACAGCGCCGCUAAAGUCCUACAUACGCUGCUGUGGAAUUUGAAUGACGUCGUGCGUUGCGACGACCGCUCCAUCUUCCUGGAAGAACAAGCCCUUCUCAUCACUACCGUCGUGCUCAACUCACUCAUCAAGGUACCAUCGCCCAUGAUGGACAAACAAACAAAACGUACUGUGAUUUGUGUUUUUAAAUGUAUCUCAAAGUUUAUCGAGGAUUGUACGAUCGGGAACGAUUUCCAUACUAAUUUUAGGACAUUUUUUAAUUCGAGGAUCUUGAAAUUUUUACGCAACAGUCUCGAUACAGACUACUCGACGACGAAGGCGUUUUUAACGUAUUUAUACAAUCCGUUGUUGAAUGUACAUUUCAGGUUCCCUUAAAUUUCUUCUUGUCUUUAUUCUGAAUAAAAUAUAUUUUUCAAGUA